AUGGGUUGUAAAGAAGGGAGGGCCACUGUUGGUUGCAGUUUUUCAGCCUCUCUUGCUUGUGAUGGUUGCACUUGCAGGGUCUUUGUAUCUGCAAAUGUCAGCAUGCAGGGAGGACUGAUGAUUGUGAGUGGAUUAUACGCGGUAUUGUGGGGUAAGAGUAAGGAAUUGCUGAAGAUGACUCAAUUAGAAUCGCAAACAAGUCUCAAAUAUGAAUCCAAUUCUCAACCAGUCCUAGUUGUUACAUCUAUUGGGGGAGAUGUGAAUUCUGAGAAGGAAAUGGUUGAGAGCAGAAAGGAGGACGUGAAGCCUUAG